AUGGCUUCUGAUCUUAAGACAGACUCGCCUCCUGAUCUUAGCGAUGAGGCUGGCACCAUCGACACUGAACCUCCCGUAAACGAAAAGUCGCUUCUGCGGAAACUAGACGCCAAGUUACUUCCAGCCGUUGGGGUCCUGUAUCUGUUAUCGUUCUUAGAUCGCAGCAAUGUCGGAAACGCCCGGAUCGAGGGAAUGGUCGAUGACCUCAAUAUGACUGGAAAUCAGUACUUGACAGGUCUCACUCUAUACUUUGUGGGCUAUGUACUUUUCGAGAUUCCUUGUAAUAUUAUUCUAAAGCGCACUACUCCAAGGCUUUGGCUUCCAACCCUUACGAUUGCCUGGGGCAUUGUAGCUACGUUACUCGGCAUCGUUCAAGACCUCAAGGGCUUCCUCAUCGCCAGAUUCUUUCUUGGUGUUACUGAGAGCGGUUUGUUUCCAGGAGUUGUGUUCUACUUCUCCAUGUGGUACAAGAGACGAGAGAGGCAGUAUCGCAUUUCGCUGUUUUUCUGUGCAGCAUCCCUUGCCGGUGCCUUUGGUGGUAUCCUCGCAUAUGGUAUCGGCAAGAUGGGAGGCGUCGUUUGGGAGAAUGGGUGGCGCUGGAUCUUCAUUCUGGAGGGGAUAGCUACCGUUGUGGUGGCCGUGUCGGCAUAUUGGUUCAUCGAGAACUACCCUGAUACUUCAAAAUUUCUCACCAAGGCUGAACGGACCUUCAUUCAUGAGCGCUUGGCAGCGGACAGUGAUGCUAUUCGACAGGAACAGUUCAGCUGGGCAGCGGUCCGUGAGGCGUUGAGGGAUCCGAGUUGCUGGCUCUAUGGCCUAGGCUUCCACACAAUGAGUCUGCCUCUGUAUACUCUAUCCCUGUUUCUGCCCACCAUCAUUAAGGAUCUUGGAUACAAAGCAGCAGUCGCACAGCUCUUGACUAUUCCACCGUAUGCCCUUGCAUUUCUCACAACGCUGGGUGUUGCUAUCGUCUCUGAGAAGCUAGGCCGACGUGCUCUGUUCAUUGCUGGGUCAUCAGUUGUUGCUGCCAUCGGGUACAUAAUCCUCCUCGCCAACACUAAUCCCACAGCUCGACCAGGAGUCUCGUACCUGGGAACCUUCUUUGCUGCCGCUGGUAUAUAUCCCGCUACCGCCCUGGUGCUUUCUUGGCCCGCGAUCAACGUGUCGGGACAGACAAAGAGAGCCAUCGCGAACGCAAUGCAGAUCAGCAUCGGGAAUCUUGGAGCCGUGCUGGGCACACAACUGUACCGAGCCAACGAUGGUCCUCGAUUCAUCGUUGGACACUCUAUGGCUUUGGGUUAUCUGGUAGCAAACGUCAUCGUUGUGACUUUGCUGGGUUGGAGGUUGAAGAAGCAGAAUGAAAGCCGUGCCGCGGUGGCGGAGGAGAUCAAGCACGUUGGUGAGGUGGAAGACUGGAAGGGUGACUCGGAUGUUAGAUGGAGGUUCGAGUAUUGA